GCCUGAUUUAUUCUGGUCCAGGAAAAGGAGUGAGAGUCCCGCAGUCUGCACAGUCGGAGCCCGGGCCCCGCACUCCAUGUCCCCCAGCAUGCCGGGACUCCGCCUGCUGGCCGCGCUAUGCGGCGUGCUGCUCUGCGCCUCUGGCCUCUUCGCCGGCUCUGGUGACUUCUGUGACUCCGGCCUGUGCCUGAAUGGUGGGACCUGCUUGUUGGGCCAGGACAAUGUCCCCUUCUACUGCCUCUGCCCUGAUGGCUUCACAGGCCUCAUUUGCAACGAGACUGAGAGAGGUCCCUGCUUCCCAAACCCCUGCCUCAAUGAUGCUGAGUGCCAGGUGAUCGACGACUCACACCGUGGGGACGUCUUCACCCAGUACAUCUGCGAGUGCCCUCAUGGCUACACAGGCACCCACUGUGAGACCACCUGCACCAUGCCUCUGGGCAUGCAGACAGGUGCCAUUGCCGACUCGCAGAUCUCCGCCUCGUCCUUGUACUUUGGCUUCAUGGGUUUGCAGCGCUGGGCCCCGGAGCUGGCCCGCCUGCACCGCACGGGCAUUGUCAACGCCUGGACAGCCAGCAACUACGAUAGAAGACCCUGGAUCCAGGUGAACCUGAUGCGGAAAAUGCGGGUGACGGGCGUGGUGACGCAGGGCGCCAGCCGCUCAGGCAGUGCUGAGUACAUAAAGAGUUUCAAGGUGGCCUACAGCCUCAACGGGAAAAAAUUCCAGUUUAUCCAGGAAGACGAUGAAUCAGGAGACAAGAUAUUUAAGGGUAACUGGGACAACAAUAGCCUGAAGACCAACCUGUUUGACACCCCUCUGGAGACGCAGUAUGUGAGGCUGGUGCCCGUUAUGUGUCACCGGGGCUGCACCCUGCGCUUUGAGCUUCUUGGCUGUGAGCUGAAUGGAUGCGCCGAACCCCUGGGCCUGAAGGACAACAUCAUCCCCAACAAGCAGAUCACGGCCUCCAGCAUCUACAAGACCUGGGGCCUGAGUUCCUUCAGCUGGUAUCCCUUCUAUGCGCGGCUGGACCAGCAGGGCAAGUUCAAUGCCUGGACUGCUGAGAGCAACUCUGCCUCUGAGUGGCUGCAGAUUGACUUGGGUUCCCAGAGGCAAGUGACUGGCCUGAUCACGCAAGGGGCCCGAGACUUUGGCCACAUCCAGUAUGUGGCAGCCUACAAGGUGGCCCACAGUAACAACGGCAUGAACUGGACUGAGUACAGGGACCCGGGGGCCGUAGACAGCAAGAUCUUCCCCGGCAACUUGGACAAUAAUUCCCACAAGAAGAACAUGUUUGAGACGCCCUUCCUGGCUCGCUUUGUGCGCAUCCUGCCCGUAGCUUGGCACAACCGCAUCACCCUGCGUGUGGAACUGCUGGGCUGUUAGUGGCAGGCCCGGCGGAAGGGAGCGGAAGGGCCGCGGGGCACCUGCC